AGGUGACGUCAGGACGCACGAGGGGACAAGAGGCGGAGGCGAGCCGCCAUUUCACGCAGGGACGAGGCCGCGCCGCACCGCUCCGACUCCACCUCCACCACCACCAUGAGCGAGGCCGCGGCGCAGCCCGAGAAGCCCCGGCCGGCGGUCGCCGAGAAGAAAAUCAUCGCCACCAAAGUUCUCGGCACCGUCAAGUGGUUCAACGUCAGAAACGGAUACGGCUUCAUCAACCGGAACGACACCAAGGAAGAUGUCUUUGUCCACCAGACUGCCAUCAAGAAGAACAACCCAAGGAAAUACCUUCGGAGCGUGGGGGACGGAGAGGUGGUGGAGUUUGACGUUGUGGAGGGAGAGAAGGGUGCCGAGGCGGCCAAUGUGACCGGGCCGGGUGGAACGGCGGUGCAGGGCAGCCGCUACGCGGCCGAUCGCCGGCGCUUCCGCGGGGGUUACUACGCCGGGCCUCGCCGGGGCCGGGGAGGGGCGCGCAAUGGUGGCGAGGGCGGCGAUGGAGCCGAGGAGGCGUUGGAGGAGGAGGACGACCAGGCCGGGUACCAGACACAGACGCGACGUCCCGCCUACCGCGGCCGUCGCUACCCGCCCUACUACGGCGGCGAGGCUGGCGAGGGCGAGGAAGGCGCCGGUGACGCCGGAGUGGACGGCACGGCUCCACCACGCCGCCCAGGCGGCCGCGGUUUCACUCGCCCCUACCGCAGUAGGCGCGGGCCCGUGCGGCCCCGCGCCGGCCCCCCCGGGGAGGGUGGCGCCGAGGACAAGGAGAACGAGGCCGGAGAGGAGAGGCCGUUCCGUGCCCAGCAGCAGCAGAACUUCCGCCGGCCGUACUACAGCCGGGGUCGAGGCCGGGGGGCGCGGCGCGGAGGAGGUGCCGCCGCCGGAGAGGGCGGCAAGGCCGCGGCCGGCAGCGGAGGGGAGGCGAGCGGCGCCGCAGCCACCACCACCACCACCAGCGGCAGUGGCACCGCGGCCUCCGCCACGACCACCACGACCGCCACGUCCGCAGGGGGAGAGGCCACCGCCGCCGCAGCGCCACCAUCCCCAGCGGUGGCGGCGGCGCCGUCCGAGCCGCCUGCUGCUGCUGAAUGACUCCAUCAAGGAAGCGGAGGGGCCAAUGGCCUCAUCCCAGCAGGAACGGACGGGCAGGCAGAGACCCAAUCCUUGCCGGCACUGUUGACCUCACCAUCGCCAGCGUUCUCUCAUUGGCCUUCUCUCUCCGCGUCUCAUUUUUAAAUCAGCUCUUAACACCAAGACUGAAAUCUUUAUACCUGUCACCGUUUGUAAUAACUUUGCGUACCACCAGAAAGUACCUCCUUUGGAUUUUAGUAGAGUUCAAAACAACUCUUUUUUUUACCCUUUGUGGAAACUGUCAACACGUGCACAAGGCAAAAUAAAGGUUGAGUAACGUGCGUUUAAACCUG